AUGUGUUUUUGUUUCCAGGAGGCUGGACGGUGUGGUGUUUGACUGUGAUGUGUUUUUGUUUCCAGGAGGCUGGACGGUGUGCUGUUUGACUGUGAUGUGUUUUUGUUUCCAGGAGGCUGGAGGGUGUGGUGUUUGACUGUGAUGUGUUUUUGUUUCCAGGAGGCUGGAGUGUGUGGUGUUUGACUGUGAUGUGUUUUUGUUUCCAGGAGGCUGGAGGGUGUGGUGUUUGACUGUGGUUGUGACGUACGUUGGAUCCAGCUUUGGCAGCAGAGAGGAGAGGCGGGGCUUCACACCCAGAUGCUCUUCUGCAGAACCGGAGCCUCUAAGAUACGACUGAAACACAUGUACAUCACCUUAUGUGACGUGCCAGAGAUCAGUGUAAGUCACAGCAGUGGCCUGACGGUGAUGGAGGGUGAUAAUGUAACAGUCAGCUGUAACGGGUCAGGAGCUCCCCUCCCCGAAGUCGACUGGACCGUCGCCGGACUACACUCCAUCAACACACACCUGUCUAAUGUCUACUGGCCCAACAUCCAUUCUAUUAACCUGACGCUAGUCAACGUAAGUCGAGACGACAACAGCUUCCUGCUCACCUGCAUAGCAGAGAACAUGGUGGGAAUGACCAACGCUUCCAUCCAGCUGGCUGUACACUUUCCACCAGUCAUCCUGAAACUGGCCGAGCCUGAGCGGCGCCAUGACACCUGCAUAGAGUUCACAGUGAGAGGCUAUCCCUCCCCCACACUGCGAUGGUACCACAAACAGAGAGAGAUCCUGCAGAGUGACUACAUCAGAACAGAGAUGGAUUUCUACCAGGACUAUCUGGAGGGCUGUCUGACUUUUAAGAACCCAACACACUUCGACAAUGGGAACUACACGCUGGAGGCCUCCAACUCCCUGGGGACCGUCACCAAGACCGUCUACGGACACUUCCUCAUGGCACCGCCCUUUGACCCCGACCCUGACGGAAGCCCAAUGCCAUCAGACAAUGCCAUCAGGACAGAACAGGAGACAUUUGGGGUGUUGAUAGCAGUAGGACUGGCUGGUUUCCCCAGUGUUCUCCUCAUCCUCCUCUUCAUUGUCAUCAACAAAUAUGGCAGAUGCAACAAGUUUGGAAUGAAGGUGUCCCCCUCUGCGUCACAACAGUGUCCCCCUCUGCGUCACAACAGUGUCCCCCUCUGCGUCACAACAGUGUCCCCCUCUGCGUCACAACAGUGUCCCCCUCUGCUUCACAACAGUGUCCCCCUCUGCGUCACAACAGUGUCCCCCUCUGCAUCACAACAGUGUCCCCCUCUGCGUCACAAUGGGAUUCGAUGA